GUUCCAAGCGCCAGCGAGAACAACAUCCUCCAUGCCCCAGGAGGGUUGUCGCGCCUCGCACAGAAUCGCGAUACCCCAUAGCCCUCUCUCUGCGGCCUCGCGACGCCCAGCGAGCCAGGAUGUCCCCCCCCCACACACUGCCGCGCAAGCCCCCCGCCCUCACGCGCCCUCGCGGCCCAGCUCGGGGUGCACCAGCAAUUCGUCGGCGCUGGUGUCGCCAUCCGUGUCGCUGCCAGCGGAGUCGGCGUAGCUAUCGUCGGCACUGGUGUCGCCGUCGGGGUGGGCGGUCGUCGUCGCCAAGUUCGCGCGAGGCUCCUGCUCCAGAUCCUCGUGGAACCGCGCAGCCCUCUUGCGCAUCGCGCCGCUGGCGUUGCCGGCCAACUGCUUCAGCCGAUCCGCCGGAGGUAGCGCCUCCAACCUCAGCUCCGAGAAGCUCCUGAAUCGGGAGAGGGCCACAUACAUCUGCGCCGGCUCGAAAAGGUGGGAGAGGUCCACGUGGCCGCCGUCGAGGGUCAUGCCCUGGCACUUGUGGACAGUGAUCGCCCACGCCAAUCUCAGCGGAAACUGCGACCUGCAGUACUUGAUGUUUUCAACUGCUCACUCCUUGUAUCUCGCCUGCGAACUCCGCCGGGAGAAUCAUCUUCUGGCAACGCUGACGAGCGCUGCUGAACUGCACCGUGACAGCGCCGCCAUCCCCGCGAAUAUCAAUUACCUCGGGCAACCCUGCAAUGGUUGGCAGCGGGUGAGUACUAACUAUAGAUCCACUGCUUCGAAUUAACUUGUUCGAACGACAGAUGAACGUGAAAACUGCUAACGAGGACGAUCUGACAAUGUUCCCGAGCGGUCGCUGACGUUCCGAAGAUGGCCCUCUUCCAUGUCCUUUUUCGCUUGCUUCAUUCCGACAUCGUUUCCGAGCCCCGUCCAGCUUUGGCGACGAGGGAUCCCGCGGGCCAACGAAAGUAUCGGGGGCGGGCAGAUCCCCCUUCAGCAAAACACCAUAUAGUAAAAGCUGCAAAAGGCACUCCAUGUGCGCACGGCACCGCAUUCCGAGUGCAUUCCAGCGGGGUGGCUCAUCGACGUCCAAAAACACCCGAAUAUAUCAGGGGAAGCGCACGUCGGUUAGCGAAAACGACUGGCGACUGCACCAGCACAGUUGAAUGCCAGUGUCGAGUGAAGCAGUGCAGAUUCCCUCAGUCGACUUGUCUGGGUGGGCGUCCUCUCAAUAUAUGAUCGAAAUGACGUGUACGUUCAAUCAAGGCUAUAGAUCAUUCAUCACGGUCCCAAGCAGCCUGGGUUAGCGUUCUAGCUCAUCCUUCGCACACGUUUCCGCGGGUUCCAGUGGUUUGGCCAGCUUCUCGGAAGCUGCUCAAUAAUGGCUUGGCCAGAAGGAAACGGUAGGCCCCUGGAUGUCACCACAACUGCACUGGGUCAGCUUAGUCGUCUCCGUUUUGCUAGCGUGCCGACCGCCUUCCCUGUGCUGCCGUUGACCAACGGCAUCUGCCGUGUCCCGUCGGACAGCGUCCUGCACGCGGAGGGCAGCCGCAAAUUCUUCAGCAGCAUGACGCGCGCCCCCAGCUUCAAGCUCAGAAUCUCGGGGGCGACGAGCUGCCGCAAGGCGGCCUGGAUGCUUGGGUGCGACAGGCCGCCGUCCAGCCUGUCCGGCAUUUUUCUGCUCUCUGUUGCCCACCCUGCGCCACCCCAUGACUUCAUGAUUCUCGCACGGGGCCCUGGGCACCUCGACCCCUUCCCAGGGUUUUUCUCGUUGCGCUGCAGUCGUGCUCUGAGUGUGUCGGCUCCAGAGAGAAGCCCCCGGGAGGUUUGACAUUCCAACCUGCACUCAGGGGCAUGCGCUUGAGGAGUUCGCGAAGGUAGCCGCCUGUGGCCGCUCCGUGCACUGCCUGACGCUUC